AUGGCCAUAGCAAUACCGGGAGAAAACUCGUUUGACGCUCUCAGCAACACCUAUGAUCUGAAGAAGAAAUUUGACAUUGACAAUGAUGAAGAGAUCCGUUUUGUCGAUGUGAGGGAUGGAGCGUCCAUUGACAACGAUGUCCUCGCCGAUGUUUUAGAAGCGGAUGGUGCCAUUCAGUUAAUGGUGUUGAAAGAGGGAGAGGAGUGGGAUCCUGGUCUUGGCCAAGCAGGUCGUCAGCCCGAUCUAUUCAGCAAUUCAUCUGAAAGCAGUCCCUCCUCUUCUGCAAAGAAGCAACGUCUUGAUAAAGAAACAGAUGCUAAGCAGCUCAUACUGGAAGUUCUGCAGUCAAAGCCAGGAGGGAAAGAAAUACUUAUGGAGUAUGAGCGCCAUAACUGCCUUCAAGAUAAAACGCGGAGAUUGUUGGUGAACAUUGUGGUGGGCCACAUGAUGGACGUGCAUGGAAGACUACCGAAGGCACAUGUCAAGAACAAGUAUGCUGUUGGAAUUGUAAACAUGUUCCCAGCUCUGAGGGAUCCCCAUACUCCUGCGGGAAAUGAAGCCUUCUAUGAAGAAAGGAGCAACACUGGGUUUCUUGCUGCACGAAUAAAGAAUGUUAACAGGGCUGAACCAGUUCCUAAGGGGAAAGAUCUACCACCUGAAAAGAAAUCAACCAAGAGAGAUGGAGGGCCGAAGCAUCCAAGAGAGGAUCAUGGUGAACGCCGCCCAGAAAAUGAUCUUGAAGCAGAAGUCAACUGGCUGAAGCACGUUCCACGUGUAAAUCAGAGUCGGGAGGACACCAUGGAAAAGAUGGCAGCAACAUACCCUCUGAGACGUACCAUGGUUCAAAAGGGUUUGUCAGCUACUGCGAUCAUCAAGGAAUUUCCAUGUUUCCAGAACACACCAGGCCUGAUUGAUCAAGACUUCCAUCUAAUGUUUCCGGACAAGAACACAAAGUUCAUCGAAACGUGGACAGAGGCACUUAAAAGCAAAGUCGUCAACCUUGCAAGGUCCAUUCAUGGUAACAUUACUGCCAAUCAGCUUAUAUCUACAGUUGAGCAAGGGCCAAGCACAGAAUCAGAAAUGCGAGGUUGGUGUUCUGACACAGCAGCUAUCCUGUUGCUGCGGUGCCUCCUGCCUCCAGUUAACCAGGGAAGGUCUGGGGCUCCAAAAAUAUCGCUGAUCUCAGCAAUGGACCACCUCAUACAAUUUGAGAAGAUUGUAUCGAGUAUCGACGAUAUUUUGGAAAGAGCAAAGGACAAGCAGACGCAGCCGUACCUACUGGCCAUGGGCUUAUCGAGAAGUCAGGUAACAAGGUACUUUGUCAUCAUAGACCACCUAGCGCUGCCAAGUGGAGCCCAUGAGCCUGUUGGCGCAUUAGAUGCGCUGUUUAAAGCACACUACGUGUUCGGAUUGGAGUACAGCUCAUAUCUUCGCAACUUCUGGACCUUCAUCCAGACGACCGUAUAUGGUAUCGAUGUUCAUAUUACUCAUGAAGCACCUCGCGUCCGAGAAAUAAGGUCCAAACUGAUGCAUUGA